AUGGCUGGAGGCGACCUCUCUCUGGAACUGGACUUACACCUACUGGAGUGUCCAAUCUGCCUGGAGCGACUUCAACAACCCAAGUCCUUACCCUGUCUCCACUGCUUCUGUCAGGAUUGUCUCGGGAUCUAUAUCACAAAGGAACUGUCCGGAAAAAUGGCGUCGGCAACAUCCUUCCCUUGUCCGAUCUGUAGGAGGAUGACGUCUCCUAUGUACCAAGCAGAAACCAAGGAUAAAUGGGCUGAACAGUUCCCGACUAAUAAUGCGAUCCAGGACCUUAUCCAGCUCAGAGAACUUUCAUCUGAACCAUUGUACUGCAAACCCUGCCAGACAAAAGGUUACCUGAACAACCCAGCAAAAUUCUGGUGUAAAUCGAUGAACUUAAAUUUUUGCGAGGCUUGUAGGGAACAACAUCAUGAUAUCUUACAUUCUGACUGUGGUAUAGUCGAUAUCAAUAUAAACGAUAUCACCCGAUUUAAACCUAAAAAAUCUGCCCCUCGAUGUGACCGACACGACAAGAAAAUAGUUUGGUAUUGUGAGGACCACCAACUUCUGGGCUGCAACGUAUGCAUUUUUAAAGACCACAGGCGUUGUGAAGAGGUUUCAACAGUGACAGAAUAG